CCUGACUGUCCCCGCUGCAGCUCGGUGGGCGGCAUGUCCGCGAAUGAAGAGAUUCGUGGAGGUGCCAGAGGAGAGAGCACUACCGCUACCGGCCCCUUCAGCUUCAGCUCGGAACCAACGCUGGAGGACAUCCGCCGCCUCCAUGCUGAGUUCGCUGCUGAACGAGACUGGGAGCAGUUCCAUCAGCCUCGAAACCUCCUCCUGGCCUUGGUGGGGGAAGUGGGGGAGCUGGCAGAGCUCUUUCAGUGGAAGCCUGAUGAGGAGCCUGGGCCCCAAGCCUGGUCCCCCAGGGAACGAGCAGCCCUUCAAGAGGAGCUCAGUGAUGUCCUCAUCUACCUGGUAGCACUGGCAGCCCGCUGCCGUGUAGACCUGCCCCAAGCAGUGCUCUCCAAGAUGGACACCAACCGGCGACGCUAUCCAGCGCAUCUAUCCCGUGGCUCUGCCUGCAAGUAUACAGACUUGCCCCAUGGGGCCACCUCUGAAAACCAGGCCAUGGGGCCUACAGACCCUGCCUCUGAGUCCACAGGUCAGGUCUCAACCUAGAAACAUGGGCACAGAACCUGCAGCUCAGCAUGGCCUCUGAGGAGCAGAGGGUGCCUGGCCAAGGUAUCUCAUUCUAGUUCUUUCCUAAGAGAUCACGGACUUGGGGGCUACACUUCUUGAGGUCUAAGGGCCCAGAACCUCCAGAAGAUAGCCUCCUGUUUUUUUCUCCCUCAAUAAAA